AUGUUGAGGAAUGGUGAAUAUAUUGGUUUUAAUAUUGAUCUAUUAAAACAUCUGGCUGAAAAGCUUCACUUUACCUAUGAAAUAUUUGAUGUAACAAACAAGAAAUAUAAAAACAACCAGAAUGGUCAACUGAUAGGAUUGGUACAAGAACUCAUCAAUGGGAAUGCAUCAAUGGCAAUUGGAGCACUAGAAGUCACAGCUCAACGAGAAGAAGUCGUGAGCUUCUCCUACACGAUUUUAUCAUCUAAGGCAUCCCUACUCAUCAAGAAAGGUGAAAGCACCCGGAACUUCUUCCAAUUUCUAGGACCCUUUUCAACUGGACUAUGGUUAAUGAUUAUGGGUUUUGUUGUCGCUGCUGGUCUGAUAAUGUACAUCAUGAGUCGUUACGACCAAACCCAAAGUCAGUCUGAAAAGCGGUUUAAUCUGAAAGAAAGUAUGUGGUACUCAGUGAAUAUCUUACUUCAAGGAACUACAGAUUAUUCUCCUCAAACAACCUCAACCAGGACCAUCAUCUCAUUCUUUUGGUUCUGUGUAUUGGUAAUUGAUGCUGCAUAUACUGCUAAUCUGGCUGCUUAUCUAACAUUACAACAGAUUGAUAAUAGAAUAAGAACUGUAUACGAUCUUUCUGGACAAACUACUACUCUGUAUGGUUUGGAAAAGGACAGUAGUAUUAUGCACUUCUUCAAAGAGCAGAAAGAAGAUCCUUACGAACGAAUGUGGGCCUUCAUGAAGCUGAACGAAGAAGAAGCGCUGCUUACAGACAAGAAUGAUAUUAUUGACAGAGUAGCUGGUGGGAAGUUUGCCUUCAUUGCUGAUGGCGUGGUCAAUGAUUAUUAUGCUCAGUCGAAUUGUGAUAUUGAGUCAGUUGAACAACAUUUUGGUGGUAAGGACUACAGUCUUGGUCUGCCACGAGGCGCACCUUAUAGAGAUGACAUAAAUAGAGCAUUAUUGGAGCUAAAAGAGGAGGGUGUUUUGGACGGACUGAAAGAAAAGUGGUGGUCUGCUGGUUCGAACUGUAGUGAUGAAGGAAAGGCCAGAUCAAUCAGUGAUAAAACAACAGCCGAACUUCAGAUUGAGAACAUGUUUGGUGUAUUUCUGGUAUUAAGUGGUUUUGUGGUUUUGGCAAUCGUUUGGGAAAUAAUCGAUAGAAUCAACAAUUGUAGAGUAAGCAUGAAGAAACCUUCCAGCAAACCUCCUUCAGAGGAGAUACUCCCGGAAUAUAAACCUUACAAUACUUGA